UAUGAAACAUCAUGCUGAAGGCAGCUCCUCCCCUUGAUUGGUGAAGUAACAGCAAGUUAUGACUCAAAUCUCAGCCCUUCGCAGCCACUCAGUUUUUCCUGCAGUCAGCACAACGGCACCCUGACAUCAGCUGCCCACCACGCUGGAAAUUCCCUCGCAAUCUCCCUCCGCUUUGCCGCCUGGGCGCCUAUAAAAAGACAGAUUGACCUUGGGUGCAGCAUCAGACAGAGAAGGAGUGUUCAAGAGUCCCUGGUCUGCUUCUGCUCCUGACGCUCAUCCUCACCCGACAGCAACAUGAAGGUCUCCGUGGCUGCCCUCGCCGUUCUCCUCGUCGCUGCCUUCUGCUCACUGGCUUCCUCUGCCCCAAUUGGCUCUGAUCCCCCGACUGCCUGCUGCUUUACCUACGCGUCCCGGAAGAUCCCACGCGGCUUGGUGGUAGAUUAUUAUGACACCAACAGCAUGUGCUCCCAGACGGCCAUAGUAUUUAUCACCAAGAAGGGCCGUGAAGUCUGUGCUAACCCCAAAGAGGACUGGGUUCAGGAGUACGUGACCAAUUUGGAACUGAACUGAGCAGAGCAGGGGACAGACCAGGGACCCAGCAAUGAAAGUGUUAAUGAUCAAAGUGCACCCUUCCUGCUGAUGCAUCUAGUGGUAGUGCCACUCGCUGACUUAGCGGAAAUAACCUGACAUAUAUAAACAUAUUUAAAAUAUUAUUUCAAUUUAUUUAAGAAAUUUAAUUUGCACUGAAAUCUGAGCUAAAUAGUGUACUAUUUAUGGAUUAGUACAUGGGGGUUUGGGGGCAGGUCACAUGACAUGGCUCCAUUCACAGCUCAAACGUGAAGAUUA